AUGUUGUCAGCUGAAGAAAAGAAAAAAUUAUACGAAACUAUCGGCUAUGAAGGUGAAGAUACAUCAACGUUGACUUAUCCCAAAGAUUAUGUCGAUAUUGAUCUUUCAAUUCGAUUGAUUAUGCUCGAUUUAAAUAUUUGGUCAAAAGUCAAUGAAAAUGAUCAAGAAUUCAGAGUUAUUAGUCGUGCUGCUGUACCUGAUACAGAAAUAAUAUUUAAACGACGCCCGGCAACUUCUUCUGCUUUAUUUCUUGCUAGUUUAAGGUCAUUUCAAGUGUUCGGUAUUGCUACCGAUUUGAAACAAUCAGAAUCAUCAAAUUAUAGUCGUCCUGUUCUUGUUUAUCCAAUUAUUCAAUCAAAGUCAUCAAAUAAUCAAUCAGCGCAACCAAAAUUAUUAGAAAUUGAAUUUGAAACCAAUCCAUUAGAUAGAGACUCCGGCUAUCGUGUGAAAGUUGUAUCACAACCACUUGAAAUUAUAUACAAUACCCCAACUAUCAAUAAACUUAUCGAAUGUUUUGAACAGGAUACUCGAUACAAUCUGCAAGGGGUUAAACAAGCAGCUUAUACAACAUACACAGAUGUUAAACAUCAAUCUGUAUUAUUUAUGAAAUAUAAUAUAGAAACAACAAAAGUACUCGAUAUUCACAUUGAUAUACAAUCACCUUAUUUUCUUUUGCCUGAAAAUGGUGUCUACUAUUAUGGUUGUCCAGCUCUUUGUUUGGAUAUGGGUCAUUUAGUUUUGCAACAAAGCAGUAUUACCAAUAAAAAUGACGAAGAAGCAAUGGACAAUUACAUUCAAUUUCAAUUGGAAUUAAAAAAUUUUCAAUUACUCUAUGCUAAUAAAUAUGAAAAUUGGCAAAAUGCACGUCAACAAGAAGCUACUCAUUUACAUUUAAUUAAACCAAUAACACUCAAUAUAAAUCUUUUUAAAUGUCUUUAUUCGAACAAUGUCAAUUUUCCUGCUUGGAAGAUUUCUGGACAAAUUCCAACUGUAAAUGUGCGAAUUUCGGAUAUGCGUUUAUUUAAAAUUAUAAAACAUAUUCAAUCACUUUCAUUUCCACAAUCGAAUCGUCAAACGAUAACCAACACACAAAAUAAAACUGAGCUAUGGACGAUGACGCCUCUGGUUGAUAUUACUCAACAAACAUUAGAAACGAUUGAAAAUAUCACAUCUAUGAAAAAGGCUCUGGAAACAUUAGCUGAUGAAAAUCAAGAAAUUCAAAACAAAAUCGAAGAACAAUUUACACAAAUCGAAGCUAAUUUUAAAAUUUCACAAAUCGAUCUUCUUCUGGAAGAAGAAAAGGAAGAUAAAGACUAUCCAUUUCUUCGUAUUUCAUUUGUAUCAAUCUGUGCACAAACAUCGAUAAAAACAUUUGAUAUAGAAUUCCAGGCAUCAUUAGAUGAUUUCACUAUUUAUCAUGAACAAUUCAUAACAAAAGAUAAUCAUCAGCUUCGUUUUCUUGCUGCUCAACAUGAAGAAAAUCAAAUUAUUGAUAAAACAAAUUCAAAGAAACUAGUUAGUAUACAUAUUUUACAUACAUCAUCAGAUAAUCCAUUAUUUACGUCAUCGAAAUAUGAUGAACUUGAAAAUAAAGUUCGAAUACAUUUGAGUAAACUUAUUGUCACAUUACAAUUGGAAGCAUUAUUAUCCAUCAUGAAAUUUCAAGAUAAUAUCAUGCAAAAAUGGCCAACAGAUAUUUUUGAACAACAAAUUAAGAAAACACAAUUAUCUCGAAAAGUAUUUGAAGAUAAUAGAACAAUGUCGACUAUUGAAAAAUUUGUUAAAACAAAUCGUUCAUCGUCCGCAAGUACACUUGCAAUCGAAGCCAAUCUAGAAGAAUUUCAUAUAGUUAUUGCAACUGUCGAUACUCAAAUGUUCGAUGUUUAUGUUCAUGGUGUCCAAGCUAAUGUGCAUAAUAGCUCUAGUGAAACAUUGGUUAACUUAAUUCUUACCGAUUUUUAUAUGUUCGAUCCUCAUAUGGAUGCACGAUUUCGAAAGGAAUUUAUUGACACACUGAAUAUCUCAAAUGCAGCACUUGACCUUACUCAAUAUCAAGCUAAUGCUAUUUAUGAACAAGUACAAAAUUUACAAAAUCAAGCAUUUAAACUACGUCUAAAUGCUACGUUUAAUGCACCAAAUAUAAUUGUUCCAAUAAAUGCCUCUUCUGACGAAGCAUUAUUUCUUGAUUUAGGAAAAUUAAUACUAGAAACAAAAUUUAUUGAUGAUCCAAACACAUUACUUGUUGAGCAACAGCAAGUUAACAUUGAAAAUGUUCGUGCUAGUCGAGUUAAACUGAAUAAAAAUAAUGAAAUACAAAGUGAAAUAAUUCUACUCGAAUGUGCAAAAUUAAAAAUAGAUGUGAAUAGACUUUUAUAUCCUGAAAAAAUAAAAACUACACCCUAUAUUUCGCUUACAAUGCAAUGGGAUUUAAUUCAUGUAAGUUAUUUAAUAAUUAUAAUUGAAAACAUUUGCUUCUUUCAGUUUCAAUUAGCUAAAGAUGAUUAUUUAUGUGUAAUGAAAAUUUUGAUGGAAAAUUUUCAAGAGCAAACAAUAACGAAUGUUAUUCGUGAACAAUAUCAUUAUGGACAAGAACAACAAAAACGAGAAGAAGAUGCUUUACGAAAAGCUGCUGUUAAAAAACAAAAAGAAUGGCAGAUUGGUAAGAUAUUUGAAAGCAUUAAAGUUCAUGCCGAAAUCAAAAAACUUGCACUUACACUUUAUCUUGGUGAAUCAAAUUUGGUUAGUCGUCAUGUAAAACAUGAAGAAAAUUUGAAAUUAGCUAAUGUACAAAUCGAUGUAUUCGAAGUUAUCUUUCGACAACAUUCAGAUUCAAGUUAUAAAGUCAUAGCACGUGUAAAAAACUUUCUAUUCGAUGAUCUACGAGAAACUCAUAAAGCAGAUGCUGUUAUACAUAUGAUAGAUCGACAUUUUACUGUUGAUCCAAAUUUGUACAUGCUUAUAGCUAGUUUAGAGUUUAAACCAAAAGAUCAAACACGUUUAAAAGCUCAACAAAGAAUGAAUGUUCAAUUGGAAAGUCUUUAUAUUUGUAUUAAAUUAGAUUAUUUGAUGAUAUUAACAGAUUUUUUCAUGUCAAACUUGCCGAUAAAUGAUACAAAUAAAUCGAAAAAUCAAGCAAUAGCAAUGACGAAAUCUAAUGAUAUUCUUCAAACGAAGAAAAUAUCUACACAAUAUGAAUCGAAUCAUAGUCAUACUACAAUGGCGACUUCUACAUUAUCCUCGAUUGAAGCUACUAAUACUGAUGUUGAAACUAGAGUUGAUAUUCUUCUUAAAAAUCCUGAAAUUAUCCUACUCGAAGAUCAACAUAAUUCUAAUUCAAAUUGUCUUGUACUCAAUUUUGCUCUUACUAUGCGUGCGGUUAACAUUGGAGAUGAUAUGAAAAUAUUUAGUACAUUAAAUGAUUUAACUAUCUAUAGUUCGAAUUUUGCUGAAUUGAAAUCUUCAAAAGUUAAAUAUCGAAUUUUACAACCAGCCAAAGUCGAUUUAACAAUAAUGAUCGAUGCAGAACAACAAAAAGUUGAUGUUCGUUUUUCACAUAUUAUUAUUAAUAUUACACCAGCUGCUGUUCGCAUACUUAUUAGUGUUACUAGUUCAUUAAGUAAACAUCAACCAACAAAAAAACAAGAAAAAUUCGAUGUUCAAACAAUGUUUAAUCCAAAAUCAAUUACCGAAUCUAAUUUUUGGUAUUUGACAGAAGACAGAAAUGAUGUUCUAUCACAGAAAGAUUCUCUUGUUGAAAAUAAGAAGAAGAAAGGAAAAAAUUGUCUUUUUCAACAGCUUAUUUUAACAUUAACAACUAUGGAAAUAAAACUUAAUGUUGGUUUUGGUUCAAUAACGAAAUCAGUUGGUGCUAUGUGUCUAUCAGAUUGGACAGUUGAUCUUAAAAAUUGGUCCGAUCAGAUGACUGCUUCAUUGACAAUGAAUAUUGAAGCAGCUUUAUACAACAAACAUACUCUUGCAUGGGAACCUCUUAUUGAACCGACACUUGAUAAAAAUAAAGCACGUCUUAUACCAUGGCAUAUCACAUGUUCAAUUACACCUAUAUUUCCGAUUGCUGAUCGUGUUGAAUCAUCAUCAUCAUCAUCGACAAAUAUAAAACAACAACAAAACAAAGUUUCUGGUCUCAAUGCUAAACAAUUAAUUUCAAUUAGAGCUCACCAAUUAUUAAAUAUAACUAUAACAAAAACAGGUCUUGAACUUAUUGAACAUUUAUCAUCUUUAUUUAAUGAUAUUUAUAAUCAACGUUUACCAAAAAAUAUCGAUGAUAAUGAACCAAUGUUAUCAUUAGUAAAUUUAACAGGACAAAAUUUGUUUAUUGACAAUCUAAACGGUCUUCAAUUUGCUGAUAACAUUACAUGGACUUCAAAAGUUAUCCAACAAAAUGAAUCGAUUCCAUUAAAUGCAUUCUAUGAACGAUUAUCAGCAACUUAUCGUCUUUCUGUUAUUGAAGAACAAACUUCUCAAAAUCGACAAGAAUUUUCUGUUCAAAAUGAUAACAAUAUUAAAUUAAUAAAUAUUAAUCGAACAUGGCAACGUAUAUAUGAUUUACAACUAUCAACUGCUUCAUUGUUUCCUAUUCAAUUACUUUGUGAUACUCAAAUACAUAAUAAUUGUCGACGUAUUAUUCUUAGUUCUGUUGUUAAAGCAUAUACAGAAACAAAAGAAGCGUAUUUAGAGAAUACCGAUCAACUUGAGCGAGUAUCAUACUGUAUUCAUAUUCAUUCAACAAUUCAUCUAACAAAUCUUUUACCAAUUGACAUUCAAUGUUCGAUUAAUAAUUUGGAACAAAUUUAUCUUAAACCGAGUCAAUUACAACUAAUUACAUCUGGUGGAAAAAAUUCUAUACUUACAUUUAUUAUUCCAUUUUACAAUGAAAUUGAAUGGAUCUCAGAUCCUGUUGAUUUAGGAAAAAGAAAAAGAAAUGAUUCUAGUGAACAAAUUAUUACUUUUUAUAAUGCUUCAGGUCCAAAUAAACAACAAAUUUUACGAAUGGUUCUACAUGUGGAUUUAUUUCAUGAAUCAUAUCAUUUAUCAUUAUAUGCACCAUUCUGGAUUGUUAAUCAUACUGAUCUUAAUCUUGAAUUUCGAAUCGGUAAUGAUAGAGUAUUGAUUAAAGAUACUGAAAACUCACUUCUUGCCUGUCCGGAAAAAUAUAAAAGUGAUACAAGUGAAAAAAUUUGUGUUGAUAUAACAACAAGUUCCUUUGGUUUAACAAAAAUUGUUGCAUUAUCACCAGCUAUGGUUAUUAUUAAUCAAUCUUCAAUUCCUAUUGAAAUCGUUGAAACUUUAAUGGGUAAAGAACAAGGUCAAUGGACUUUCGUGGAAUGUGAUGGAAUUAUUCCUUUUUGGCCACAAAAUCCUAAAGAAGGUUUAAUACGUGUUCGUUAUGCACAUAAUCAAAAGAAAUCGAAAGCAUUUUCAAUGAAUAAAAAACAUCAUACAUUACUCUAUAUGAAUGAUGACGAACGUUUAGUUAUUUUUGUAGAAGUUAUUGCUACUGAUUUUGAUGGUGUUCGAGUAAUUUUUAGUGAUUACAAACAAGGUGAUGCACCCGUAUUACUUAUAAAUCAUACACAUGAUCAAUUAAUUUCGUUUGUUCAAAAAGAUGAUGUGAGAGCUCAAUAUUUAGUACCAAAAUAUUUUGUCUAUUAUACAUGGAUGAAUCCUUUAAAACCACGUGAGAUGAUUGUCACUUGCAAUGACAAAUCGAAAACAAUUGAACUUAAUCCUCAUCGAGGUGAUCUUGCUAUAACUGAAAACCAUGGUACUGUCAAUUAUAUUGUAUUUAUUGAUGGUGUACAAACUGUAUUACUUUUCUCGUACGAUGAACAAAUUAUUGCAGCUGCAUUAAAUAUACCAUCUCCAACUCAAUCCAUCUGUCGACGUCUUCAACUUGGUAUUUCUGAUGUUGGUCUAUCAAUUGUAAAUGAUGUACAGCGAGAAGAACUUCUUUAUAUUAGUUUAAAAAAGUCAAAACUUCUUUGGGUUCAAAUAAGAAAAUCUCGAGUGAAACCAUUUUCACAUGAUGUCCACACACAUUUAGAAGAGUUAUAUAAAAUACAUCUACAACUAAUAGAAACAAAUCCAAAUGAUGAAACUUUUCGUCGAACGAAAUAUCAAAUACCUGAAUAUCAUGAAGUUACGUUUUAUGAUAAUGCUGCUGAAUUAAUCAAUAAAAAAGGUGAACAUAAAUUAGCUAAACGACAAUCACUUCAUGGAUUAUGGAUUGAAUAUACAUGGUCGAUGACUAAUGCAGCAUUGUAUGCUUGUAUUAAUCAUAUUCAAAUUGAUAAUCAACUAGACUCUACCAAUUUUCCAAGUCUUCUCUAUCCAAUAUUAUCUAAAACAGCAGACUCUGAUAUUACUGAAAAACCAUUUAUUGAAUUAAGUAUUUAUGAAUCGAAAACAUCACAAUCAAAUAUAAUGCAUUUUCAAUAUUGCAAAUUACUUAUUCAAGAAUUUGUACUUCGAAUUGAUCAAGGUUUAAUUUUAGCUAUUCUUACUUUCCUUAGAAAAGAAAAGAAUACAAUGAUACCAAUGAUCAAUAUGGAUACUGAUUUAGAACAUAUUCAGAAGUCUCUUCAAGCUAUUAUUAAAGUACAAACUGACACUCCAAUGGGUGAAACACGAAUGUACUUUGAUAACAUUCACUUAUCACCACUUAAAGUACCUAUUUAA